ACAUUUGGCGACCAGCGCCCAGCGACGCUAUCGGCAGCGAUGGCAGCCCCGCCAGCGACGCCCGUCUCCGCAUCUUUGACAUCUCCGAGCGGGGAGGUGCACACACUUCAGGUGCUCCCCUCAAACACGGUGAGCCACAUGAAGUCGCUGCUUGGGGGUCGGUUGGGCCAAUCUUAUGAUGAUGUGGACAUCAUGAUCUUCCAGGGGCCUACGGAGCUGCAAGAUGACUGCUUGUUGCAAAACUUGGGCUUAGAUCUCAGCAUGGCAGCCUUGAACUUCGUCGUUGUUCCUGGCAGACGCCUGCGCGUUCUGCGGUCUCAAAUGAAAAGUGGUUGGCUAGACAUCGAUGUUGCCCAGCAUGCCCUGGGUGUGGCACUUGGUAUUUUCCCAGAUGCCUCGGUCAUGAAUGACUACAAAGGUGUUUUCUGGACUGACAACUCUCUCGGAAAUUUUCUUGCCGCUGGACUAAAGCGCCUGGCUGGUGAUGAUGGGCUGCUUGAUCACAGAGAUGAGCCAGAUCUUCAGUUUUGCAUCCGGGAAAGGGACGGUGAGACCUGCAUUCCGCUGCUUGAGGCGCUGGGUGAGAGCCCCGGAACUUGGUCUCUAAAGCUGAGCGAGCUGAUGGGCACGCUAAGGACAUAAGCUACGCAUCAAACCAUCAACAUUGUUUUUUGCUCUUGGGUCAGUGUGCCAAGCAACAUGGCCAUGUGCUCUUGGCCGUCACUUUAGCCGUUUGUUUGAAAUGCUUGAUGCUUGUUAUGCUUGUGCCC